UACUGCACUGCCGAAGGAGGAAAUAUUGUGAAGCAUCCAAGAUACGCAAACUGUGAAUAGAAUUAUAAAGAGGUUCAGGGCCAAUAAUUCUGUCAGUCCAUUUUGUGUUGAAAACAUAAUGGCAGCAAAUCCACCCGCUUUAACUUUAAAGGAACAGAAUGAGAAAAAUAGCAAUUCCACACCAGAAUCUGCCUCAACUACGGAUAUCGAUUCAGAUUUACUCGAGAAUUUUCGAACUUACCAAGUAAAAAUUGAUGCUAGGCACGACAAAUACGAACGGAUUGUUAAGCUGGGUAGAGACAUCACCAUUGAAAGCAAAAGAAUUAUAUUUCUACUUCAUCGAAAUGCUUCAGGGGAUAACGAAAAUAUACUCGGACAAACAGACACGAAGUUUAAGGAAUUAUUGCGCACAAAAUUUCUUCCUCUCGCCAAAGAACUAGAAGCAGAAGACCCUUAUCAAUAUAUCAAAGCCUACACUUUUGGAGUGCAAGAGUUUAUCGAAGCAGUUUCUUUUUAUUUUUACAUCAAAGAGAAUCGGCUUGUUACUCUCAACGAAAUUCAGUCGAUGCUUAACUUCAAAAAGAUUCAGAAUAAUUCCUCAGAAGAAGACAAGACAGACAAUUAUGAAAAUGAAUACUUGGUAUUCGUCAGACCGGUUGAUUUUUUAUUAGGUGUUGCUGACUUGACUGGUGAACUAAUGAGGAUGGCCAUCAAGUCAAUCAGUAGUGGAGAUGUCGAAACUCCAUUCCGCAUUUGUAACUUCCUACGUGAGAUCCACACCAACUUCUUGGGUUUUGGGAACACCUGCCGCGAGACUUCUUUAAAGAUGUUAACCAUGAAACAGUCACUAGAGAAAGUCGAGACAGCCUGUUAUAUGAUGAAAGUACGAGGUUCUGAAGUACCGAAACAUGCCAUAGUAGAUGUCUUACAUUCAGCUGACAGAGAAAAUACACACUUUAGUUCGGACACUUAUGGUUAAAAUUAAAGUUUAGAUACAACCUUUUA